GUGCUCCCCAUUCUCCCGCCGUCGACGAAACCCUAACUCGAGCCGUCUGUCAUCGAAGCGAGAUGGCUCCCAAGAGAGCAGGGAAGGCGCCGACUGCGGUGAAGAAGAAGACGGAGAAGGUCGUGAACCCUCUUUUUGAGAAGAGGCCUAAGCAGUUUGGGAUUGGUGGGGCUCUACCUCCUAAGAGGGAUCUUCAUCGCUUCGUGAAAUGGCCUAAGGUAGUGAGAAUCCAGAGGCAGAGGAGGAUCCUCAAGCAGCGUUUGAAGGUUCCUCCUGCGAUUAAUCAGUUCACGAGGACUUUGGACAAGAACCUUGCAACAAACCUGUUUAAGAUGCUCCUGAAGUACAGACCUGAGGAUAGAGCUGCGAAGAAGGAACGCCUUCUCAAACGUGCACAAGCCGAAACUGAAGGAAAGGUUGUGGAGUCCAAGAAGCCAAUUGUUGUCAAAUAUGGCCUUAAUCAUGUUACCUAUCUCAUAGAACAGAACAAGGCCCAGCUGGUGGUUAUAGCUCAUGAUGUAGACCCAAUAGAGCUUGUGGUUUGGCUUCCAGCAUUGUGCAGGAAGAUGGAGAUCCCUUACUGCAUUGUGAAGGGAAAAGCUCGGUUGGGAACAAUUGUCCACCAGAAAACCGCUGCGGUAUUGUGCUUAACAACUGUGAAGAACGAAGACAAGCUUGAGUUCAGCAAAAUCUUGGAGGCUAUUAAGGCCAACUUCAAUGACAAAUUCGAUGAGAUUCGAAAGAAAUGGGGAGGAGGAAUUAUGGGUUCGAAAUCUCAGGCCAAAAGUAAGGCCAAAGAGAAGCUCCUGGCUAAAGAAGCUGCUCAGAGAAUGAGUUAGGUUUAUAUAUUAUUAUAGCUUUUCUAUAUUCAAACAUUAUGUUCUUUCUGUAGAUUUCAGUUUUUUGAGCUGAGAAUGUCCUUUCAGACUUCACAAUUUUAACUUUAUUAACUCCUCUUUUCUGAUUGUUUAAUGUUUUUGUUUGAUGUC